CAUAAGUGAACCGUGGUCCGAGCACGAUAGGGACCUCUCUUGUUCCAAGACAAAGAAAGAUACUAAUGGACCCCAACUAAAUAAUUUCUCUGAAAAUAAAUAAAUCGCAUGAAGGAAAUAAACUGCUACUUAAAAAAUGAUUAUUCUCACCAAUUAUUUAAAAGAAAAUCAGUUAAUCCAAACUAAUUUUUACUAAGUUAUCUGGCAAAUUAGUGAGCAUAUUUUAUAAAUAUUUCUUUCUCGUUAUAUUAUUUACCGAAAUGAAAAGAGAUCAUUUUAUAUAUGCUGUCAUAGACUCAUAGCAUAGUCAAAAUUCUCGACCUCUUAUGGUGCGUAUCUCCAUUCAAGACAACAAUAUCUCAACCUGUUUUGCUGUCUCAUUAAAAACAUUGUAACAUUCAUCGUUUUCGUCGUCAUCACAUCUCUUUUUUGUCUUCUCCUUCUCAAAUGGUUAAUCAGUCUUGAACUAUUAUAUUGUUAAAAAUCAGCUGUGCAGGUGUCGAGAGUGAAGGAGGCAAAAGAUGGUGAGUUUGAGUUACUUUAUACACACGUUAGGGCUUCUCGUGCUCUGUUCUUCUUCAGUGGCAGCUAACAAAGAACCACUUUCAAAGGCCAAGUAUAAAGACCCGAAAGAGCCAUUGGAAGUCAGAAUCAAGAACCUGAUGAGCCAUAUGACCCUCGAAGAGAAACUCGGGCAGAUGGUUCAGGUGGAACGCGUCAAUGCCACAACUAAAGUCAUUAAAAACUACUUCAUCGGGAGUGCUUUUAGCGGUGGAGGGAGCGUGCCGGCGCCUAACGCCACCCCUGAAGCUUGGGUGAAGAUGGUGAAUAAGAUACAAAAGGCAGCUCUUUCGACCCGCUUAGGGAUUCCCAUUAUCUACGGGAUCGAUGCUGUUCAUGGUCACAAUAAUGCAUACAAUGCCACCAUUUUCCCGCAUAACGUAGGCCUCGGAGUCACCAGGGACCCUAACCUUGUGAAGAGGAUUGGUGAAGCAACUGCUCUUGAAGUUAGAGCGACAGGAAUCCAAUAUGUCUUUGGGAUACCAAUGUGGAGGCUGGACACACGCUGAUAACUUGUGGCGGGAACACACGCUGAUAACUUGGGAUACCAAUGUGGAGGCUGGACUAUCACUUGGCAAGGCCUCAAUAGCAACAAUCUCACCAUAGGUACAACCAUCCUCACCGCAGUAAAAAAUACGGUGGAUCCGACCACAAAAGUCAUCUACAACGAGAAUCCAGACACGAACUUCAUCAACUCAAGCCGCUUCGAUUACGCGAUCGUGGUCAUCGGGGAGACACCGUACGCUGAGGGAUACGGAGACAGCACGAACUUAACCAUAGCCGAACCGGGUCUUAGCACUAUGGAGAACGUGUGCGGGCUGGUGAAAUGCGUGGUGGUGGUCGUCUCGGGACGUCCGGUGAUGAUGCAGCCUUACGUGGGGAAGAUCGAUGCUCUGGUUGCGGCGUGGCUUCCAGGAACGGAAGGGCAGGGAGUGGCUGAUGUUUUGUUCGGAGAUUAUGGAUUCACCGGGAAGCUAGCUCGGACGUGGUUCAGGACGGUGGAUCAGUUGCCAAUGAACGUUGGUGACCCGCAUUACGACCCGUUGUACCCGUUUGGAUUCGGGUUGACCACAAAGCCAAAUAAACAGCUUUGA